UGUAGUGGGAAAGGAAGCACAGCAUUCAGUCCAUCCCAUCCACUCUUGCCUUUAAGACAGAAGCAGCAGAAGACUGUGCAUUCAGACGACAGUCCUAACCACAGAGAUCGUGCAAAUUCUUUGACACAAACUGAAGUGCCACCCCGUUCUUCAGUGGUGGCAUGGGCAGAGAAAAGGCCAAGGCCCCUUUCACAGCCACCAUUUGCCCUUCACUGUGGUGAUGAUGUUGAUGCAACCUCCGGAGACAGUAUUAGUCUUGCUCGAUCCAUCAGCAAGGACAGCCUGGCUUCAAACAUCAUCAACGCCACUCCUAAACACCAGCUGCCUAAUUCAUCUGCACCAAUUGGUUCAAGGAGUCUUUUAGGACAUGUAGACAUAGAGGAUGAGGAGGAAGAACUUGUUGCAUAUAUUAGAUCAGGUGAAGCAUCAAAUCAAGGAGACCUUGAAUUGCAGAGCUUUUCCUCCCGAGCCUCAAGCCAGCAGGCAACAGCAAGGUCACCAAGAAGGCCAAAACCGGAUGAAGAAAAAUCGGGCAGCUUCUUCUUAGAACCUUUAAUGCCCGCAGUCCUUAAACCGGCAAAAGAAAAACAAAUUGUACAUAAAAGGGAAGAAUAUGGUGAAAGCAAGCCAAAAGCAUUUGUUCAUAGACGUGAAAAUGAAGGCACUACUCAUUCUUUCCCACGAAAGAAAAUCACUACUAAUCACAUUGCACAUAAUUUGAAUAGAACUUAUACCCCUGUCUGUAGUUCAGAAUUCCCAGCCACAGAGAGUCCUAGGAUAGAACCUUUACAGGCAUCAAUGGAAAGUGGUGCUGGGUCUUUUCGACCCCUUGCUACCAGUAGCAUCGAUCCAUUGGUUCAGCCUAGUGCUGGAUUUUUUCUUCAUGAUUCUAAGUCUGACAUGGUUGAUGAAGAAAAGUUGACACAGCUCCCACUAGAAAAAGUCAAAGAUUCAGAAAGCACGUGGACAUUAUCAAGGCAAGACUCUGACUCUGACAAUUUGGAUCUAGAAGAGGAGUGUGACCAAGAACCUGUUCCUCCUCAUCCAGUAUGCAAAUACAUUGGUGAAGAAGAGUCCGCUAAGCUGCAGGAAGACAUGAAAGUAAAGGAAAAUGAUGACAAAGAUGAUGCCAGUGGACGCUCAAGCCCCUGUCUAAGCACCAUUUCCCAGGUUAGCAGUGUCUCUUUGGCUAGCGGCAGCGUACGAAUGACUAGUUUUGCUGAGAGAAAGUUUCAAAGACUUAAUAGCUAUGAAACAAAAUCUAGUACGAGCAGUUCACAGAAAACCACCCCUGAUGGUUCUGAAUGCUGCCCUCCUCCACUGACCACCUGGAAGCAACGGAGGGAGCAGAGUCCUGGUGGACAGAACAAAGACAAUGCUAAUGUCCUAGCUUCUGAACUGGUACAACUUCACAUGCAGCUGGAGGAGAAGAGAAGAGCCAUUGAAGCUCAGAAGAAAAAGAUGGAAUCUUUGUCAGCACGCCAGCGGUUAAAAUUGGGUAAGGCAGCAUUCUUGCAUGUCGUGAAAAAGAGCAAGCAUGAAGGGUCGUCUCAUCCACUGAGGCCGGAAUAUCCAUUGAAGGACUUUACCAAGCAAACUGCGGCAGAUACGGUGACCAUCACUUCUAAAGCUGAACAAGUCCUUGAAAAAGUGGACUUCCCAAGUGAAGUUUCUAAGCAGGCAAACGUUCAAGAAGUUUUAGAACAGAAGCCGAAAGAGGUUGAUUUGGAUGAAGGUGAAGUGUGUAAUGUGGUAGCUAACGCCAGCCCCGACGAUGCCGAUUCUGAGAUUGAUGUGAAUGAGUGUAACCUCUCCAUUGAAAAGUUGAAUGAGACCAUAACCACCCUACAAAAGGCAAUACUAAAAAUAUCUCAACAGCAAGAACUGCUCAUGAAAGCCCCAGCCUCUGUGCUCCCGGCUCUUAAAACUAAUAGCCAGGACCUCAAAUUAAACCCACCUGUUCACUUUGUAGAGCCUCUGUCUCCACCAGGAACUGGCCCAGGACCUCGUAAAAAUCGGUUUGCUCAGGGUCGAACCCCACGCUUUUCUCGGGCCUCUGAACAUAAAAUGUCUAAAGAAAAAAUGCAGAACUCCUCCCGUGUAAUAACACCAACUCAAAGCAUAGAGACCUUACCUCAUUUAAAAUCAGUUCCAGCUCUGAAAUCGCCCAUCACUCCUAUAGGAGAGGUAACAGAUAAAAGGGCAGAGCAAAGCUUUCGGCUACACGAGGAAUACAACCAGAGGACAUUUGUUCUUUCCACCUCCAAAGAUGCCAAUAUUAUAUCAGACCAAGUGCAUAAGGAUGCUGUCAACAGUUUGCGGGCUUGUGUGGGCUCCUCAGAGAGUUCUGGCAAAGAAAACGUUCCUGUGGAUGAGCGGCUAAAGAACAAGUCUAGCCUGAUAGAGGUAGAUCUAUCUGAGCUUAAAGAUCCUGUUGAAGAGGAAGAGAUUGAUAAUCCAGAGAAGUCCACAGAUGUUAUUGGUGAAGAUCAGAAGUCCGGAGUUGGGUUUUUCUUCAAAGAUGAACAGAAAGCAGAGGAUGAGCUGGCUAAGAAGCGAGCUGCCUUUCUGUUGAAACAGCAGAAAAAAGCAGAAGAGGCUCGUGUCAGGAAACAGCAGCUGGAGGCUGAAGUUGAACUAAAGAGAGAUGAAGCCCGGCGAAAGGCUGAAGAAGAGCGCAUACGAAAGGAUGAGGAGAAAGCCAGAAGGGAACUCAUCAAACAGGAGUAUCUACGACGGAAGCAGCAACAAAUAUUAGAGGAGCAAGGGAUAGGACGGCCCAAACCGAAGCCCAAACCUAAAAAGUCUCGCCCGAAAUCUGUCCAUCGAGAGGAAUCCUACAGUGACUCAGGAACCAAAUAUUCCUCUACACCUGACAACUUAAGCAGCGCGCAAUCUGGGUCUAGUCUGUCAUUGGCAUCUGGAGCUACUACGGAGGCAGAAAGUGUCCAUUCUGGUGGAACACCGUCACACAGAGUGGACUCUGUUGAAGCCUUGUCAUUGGGAAGCAGACACCAGAGCAGAACCGCAGAGCGAGAUUGGGAGAAUGCAUCCACUGCAUCAUCUAUAGCAUCAGUGGCGGAGUAUUCAGGUCCAAAACUUUAUAAGGAGCCGAGCAGCAAGUCCAAUAAACCAAUAAUCCACAAUGCUAUAUCUCACUGCUGCCUGGCCGGGAAGGUAAACGAAGCACAGAAAAAUCAAACUCUGGAUGAGCUAGAAAAGUGCGAUGCCAACCACUACAUCAUCCUGUUCCGAGAUGCUGGAUGCCAGUUUCGAGCACUUUAUUCUUAUUAUCCCGACUCCGAGGAAAUCUGCAAGCUAACUGGAACAGGUCCAAAGAGCAUCACCAAGAAAAUGAUCGACAAACUGUAUAAGUACAGCUCAGACAGGAAACAGUUUACUGUCAUCCCCGCCAAAACCAUGUCGGUGAGCGUUGAUGCACUGACUAUCCAUAACCACUUGUGGCAAGCCAAGCGACCCGCGCUGCCAAAGAAGAAUCCCCUGUCCAAGUGA